AUGUCUAACGGAAAGACCUACACAUUGAACAACGGAGUCACCAUCCCCGCGGUUGGCUUCGGCACCUUCGCUAGUGAGGGCUCCAAGGGCGAGACUUACAACGCUGUCACCGUUGCCCUCAACACCGGAUACCGUCACUUGGACUGCGCCUGGUACUACCUCAACGAGGAUGAGGUUGGUGAUGCCAUCCAUGACUUCCUGAAGGCCAAUCCCUCCGUCAAGCGGUCCGACAUCUUCGUCUGCACCAAGGUGUGGAACCACCUCCACCGCUACGACGAUGUCCUCUGGUCUGUCAAGGACUCCUUGAAGCGCCUGAAGUUGGACUACGUUGACCUCUACCUGGUCCACUGGCCCAUUGCCGCCGAGAAGGACGGCCAGGAGAAGCCCAAGAUCGGUCCCGAUGGCAAGUAUGUGAUCCUCAAGGACCUCACAGAGAACCACCAGGAGACAUGGAGCGCCAUGGAGAAGCUGUAUGAGGAAGGCCUCGCUAAGGCCAUUGGUGUCUCCAACUGGACCAUCCCCCAGCUUGAGGCCAUGGCCAAGUACGCCAAGGUGCAGCCUCAAAUCAACCAGAUCGAGAUCCACCCCUUCCUGCCCAACACCGAGCUGGUCAACUACUGCUUCUCCAAGAACAUCAUGCCCCAGGCCUACUCUCCUCUGGGCUCGCAGAACCAGGUCCCCACCACCGGCGAGCGUGUCUCCGAGAACAAGACCCUGAAUGAGAUUGCCGAGAAGGGCGGCAACACCCUGGCCCAGGUCCUGAUUGCCUGGGGUCUGCGUCGUGGUUACGUUGUGCUCCCCAAGAGCUCCAACCCCAAGCGCAUUGAGUCUAACUUCAAGAGCAUUGAGCUGUCGGAUGAGGACUUUGAGGCUGUGAACAAGGUUGCCGAGGGCCGCCACUUCCGCUUUGUUAACAUGAAGGAUACCUUCGGUUACGAUGUCUGGCCCGAGGAGAGUGCCGCCAACUUGUCUGCUUAA